AUGGCCGAUUCUGGUGAUGUGAGCUACCCCAACACGGGUAGUAAGUAUUAUUCAAUCUCCUUCCCUCUCGCUUCCCGCAUUCGUGAUACUGUCACCAAGGGCCCCGUUGUCGAUAGCGUCAAGUCCGAAGCCUCCAAGACCAGCGGAGAGCUUCGCGACCUCAAGAACUCGCGUGUCACCCCCCUCCACCACUACCGAAAAUGGCCAGCCUUUGACCCGUACGUUCCGGCCAAGCUCCCACAACACCCCCCCCACAGAGAGGGCAACCGAAUAAAAACCAUCAGACAUGUAACUGACCCUUGCGCAGACUACCACUCCCUGCUGUACAGCCUUUUGAGCUGGGAGCAACCCCGCGCGACCGCUGUGUCUUACGCCAGUGUCAUCGGAUUCAUCUUCGCCGCUCGUUACCUGCCCCUCCUCCGCUGGGCCUUCAAGUUUCUGUACAUGUCGUUGGGAUUGACUGCCGCCGUCGAAGUCGCUGGCCUUGUGAUCCUUAAGCAGGGCAUCGCCAGCUCAUUCCGCCCCCGUCGCUACUAUACCAUCCCCAAGGAAACCCACGAGGCCGUGCUCGAGGACAUCUCCCAGCUCUUCGACUUCUUCCUGAUUGAGUUCCAGCGUAUUCUGUUCGCCGAGAAUGUCGUUCACACCAUUGCUGCUUUCACCGCUACCUUCACUGGCUACUGGCUGAUCCGCUUCGUUCCGAUCUGGGGACUCGCCGUGAUCUCCGUAACCACCGCCUACUUCGGCCCUCUUGUGUACAUCAGCAACCGUGAGAUCAUCGAUGAGCAGAUCGCAAACCUCCAGGCCAUCAUCAGCUCCCAGACCAACCAGCUGAAGGACCUGGCUGGCGAGCACACCUCCCACGCUACCGGUCUGAUGAAGCAAUAUGUUGGUGACUACAGCUCCAAGGCCCAGGAGUACAUUGGCCGUCGCUCUGCCUCUCCCGAGGCAACCAAGACCAAGCUCGUCUCUCCGAUUGUCAAGGGCGAUGCCAACCCCGAGCCCAUCAUCAAGACUGAGGACUUCCCGGAAGCUCCCAAGGUUGAGCCCGUUUCCGAGCCUAUUUCUCAUCCCGUUGAGUCGGUUGAGAAGGAGGAGGAGCGCGAGCCUCUUCUGGCGGUUUAA